GCCGCUCUCUCUCAAAACCUCACUCAUGGACUCACUCAUGACCAGAGCUGCGAGUAACACUUGUCCUGGUGUGACUGGGGCAUCUAGACUUGUGUUUUCCCCCCAGAGGCACCAGAUGAAUUGACCUGGAAUGGAAGCGUAACACAGGACAACAGAUCCCCUGACGUGAGGCUAUCUUUCUGAGCGUAAUGGAUCAGCCCUAUGCUCCAGAGGUCAAGUUCAGGCUGAAUACCAGCACAAACCAUCCUGCACCUAGCACCCCGCCAAGAGGGCAGUGGUCCAGCAAAAUUGAAUUCCUCUUGGCUGUUGCAGGACAAAUCAUAGGCCUGGGAAAUGUGUGGCGGUUUCCUUACCUUUGCUACAAAAAUGGAGGAGGGGUUUUCUUCAUCCCGUAUGUACUGUUCCUCUUCACCUGCGGCAUUCCUUUGUUUCUGCUGGAGACGUCUCUCGGCCAGUACACUAAACAGGGAAGCAUUACCUGCUGGCAGAAAAUAUGUCCCCUAUUUGAAGGGAUGGGUUAUGGCAGUCAAGUGGUUGUUUUAUACUCCAGCAUCUAUUACAUUAUCAUAUUGGCCUGGGCAUUCCUGUAUCUCUUCUCCUCUUUUGCUUCUGAACUUCCGUGGGCGAGCUGCAGAAACAGCUGGAACACAGAUACUUGCGUGGAGUUUGAUCGAAGGCCCGAUUACUUCAACAUGACGGUGCCUGAAAAUGCAACAUCGCCAGUGAGAGAGUUUUGGGAGAGAAGAGUUUUGAAUAUCACAGGAAGUAUCCAUGAGUUGGGCAGCAUACGAUGGGAGCUGGCGCUGUGUCUGCUGCUGUCCUGGAUCAUCUGUUACUUUUGUGUCUGGAAAGGAGUAAAGUCUACCGGGAAGGUGGUUUACUUCACUGCGACGUUUCCAUACCUGAUGUUGGCGGUGUUGCUUGUUCGUGGGCUCACGUUGCCUGGGGCCAUAGAUGGGAUCAAGUUUUAUCUCUAUCCGGAUCCGUCCCGUCUUGCUGAUCCCCAGGUGUGGAUGGAUGCUGGCACACAGAUAUUUUAUUCCUAUGCUAUUUGCAUUGGGUGUCUAACAGCACUUGGCAGCUAUAACAAGUACGACAACAACUGCUAUAAGGAUUGUGUGUAUUUGUGCCUUCUGAACAGUGGAACCAGUUUUGUUGCCGGCUUUGCCAUCUUCUCUGCUCUUGGAUUCAUGGCGUACGAGCAGAACACCGACAUAUCAAAAGUGGCAGAAUCGGGUCCUGGCUUGGCGUUUAUCGCGUAUCCUCGAGCGGUCGCCAUGAUGCCCGUUCCUCAGCUCUGGGCGAUAUUCUUUUUCAUUAUGAUCAUCCUACUGGGACUGGACAGUGAGUUCGUCGGACUGGAAGCUCUGGUGACGGCGAUUUCCGACAUCAACCCGGCCUUCUUCCACGUUGGCCAUCGACGUAAACUCCUGCUGCUCGGUAUCUGUGUUGUCAGCUUUUUCAUCGGCCUAGUGAUGGUUACAGAAGGCGGCCUGUACAUCUUCCAGGUGUUUGACUACUACGCCUGCAGUGGGAUGACUUUGCUCCUCUUUGCCACGCUGCAGUCUCUGUGUAUCGGAUGGGUGUAUGGUGCAGAUCGGUUUUACGACAACAUAGAGGACAUGAUCGGAUACAAGCCUUUCCCUCUGAUUAAAUACUGUUUGAAAUAUGUCACUCCAGUCGUCUGCAUGGGAACAUUUAUCUUCUCCUUGGUCAAAUACACUCCUCUGAAGUUCAACAACACAAUUGAGUACCCGUGGUGGGGCUACGCUCUCGGCUGGUGGUUCACGCUCUCCUCGACGCUCAUGGUUCCCCUCUGGAUGGUGUACAAUCUGAGCACCACUCCGGGGACGCUGCGACAGCGGAUCUCCGUCUUGUGCACUCCGGCUGAAGACCUGCCUUUGACCAAAACAGAGAAGAAAGCUCUGGAGCUGCUCAGCAUGCCCUCGUCUCUUGACAAGAUGGCGUCUUUGUGAAGGAGAGACGAACUGGAGCGGAUUCAGACGUACUGGACACGGACGCAUGAAGCAAACUGUCAGUCCAGUGGGCCCAAACCAAGCCUAGUGCUUCCCAAACUUUGGGGUUUUUGACCCCUUCGACAUGUGUACUCAUGAGCUCCCUGUCACUGGUUGUGUGGAUAUGUCUGCCAGUCUUGAUCAGACAUCUGGACAAUUUAUAAAAGGCCUGAAAUUUCAAGAUGAGCCAGUAAGAGUAAAAGUCACUUUUAUUCAAAAAUUCAGAUGAAUUGUCUUUUUUCUGCUUUCUCGGUAAUAAUCUGGUGAAAUAUAAACCCCUCGAGGUUGAGAACACUACGUUAAUGUUUUCUGCUCCGUUAGGCAGCGGUGAGCUUGAAACUCAUCCAGAAUGAUUCGGUAGAGAUUUAAGUACGACGUUUUCGGUGCUGUCAUCACGUGGCAUUCAAUCACUGACAACUCUUUCAUUGUUGAUUUGUUGUCUUUUUGUUUUUGAUGAAUCGAUUAAUCGUUUAGUUUAGAAAAUAGCAGGAACUAGUCGUCACAUCACAGCUUCCAAGACGCCCAGGUGACAUCUUCAGGUGUCUUUUUUUAACAGUCAAAAAGCGAAAGAUAGUCAACUGAAUCUCUCACGGUUAGGAAUCACAACAGCUGGAGUUUGCUGCUCGAUGAAUGACUUAAGUGGACCUUAAACUUUCUUCAUGGCCCCAUGAAUGAGGAUCGAUACUCAAAUUCAAACUCAUAGUUGCAAUAUUUUGUAAUGCCAGACUGCUAAAAAAAAAAAAAGAAGAAGAAGAAGACGAGUGGGGACUAUGAAUGUGUUUUAUUGUUCUGUUCUAUUUGAACCCAGUGGCCUGUAUCACAGGGUAAACCCAACUUGGUCUGGUUCUUCUUGGGUUACCAAGAUAUCGUCAAAGCCCUCAGUGGAGUGUUUAACAUGAAAUGUGAAUGAUGAUCUGUGCUGUUGGUGUUUUUGGACCGGUGAUGAACAAACCAUUAUGAAUACAUGACGCGCUUAAAAAGGUCAAAAUCACGAAACACUGUUUCUGCUGCCAAAGUGGGAGAAAAGAAAAGCAGCUGACGGCUGAUUUGUUGUGUCUUAUCGAAAUGUUGUAUUCACAAAUGCUCAUUAGUCGUCGGUUUAUUAUGGAUUAAUACUGUUAAUUAGGUGUCUUUCUUUCUUUGCACUUACCACAAAGUCGCCUCGUGUUGCUCUGAGCUGCAGUGACAGAAAUCCCUUCAGGAACUAAAGCAACAUUGUGCACCUGAAUGCAUAUGCGACCAUCCUGAACUCUCCUCUGCCUGUUACAUGCACCUGUCUGAUAAUGAGACCUGAACUGGAGACGCUUGUUGUAAACUCACUGCUUUUGUCGAGGUCCUGUGCGAGUGAUGACUCAGUCCCUCCGCUGAUCUGAUUGGCUGCCUGUCGGCUAAUCUCACCGCUAAUCUCAUUUCGUGCUACAGGCCACUGGUUGAAUAUCUGUCUGGAGCAAAGUUAAUAAACAUUUGCCAAAUAAGCCAUACAGACUGAACACGUCGGUCACUUCUAGGUCUCUGUGAGCGGCAUUAGUUUGAUUUGAAGGAGCAGCGACAGGAGGGAGGAUGUGGAGCAAUAAAGAUAUCAGCCAGCAGUCGAGCCAGCGCUAAAGUGUUUCUACAGAUUACUGAGACAUAAACAUUGUGUACGGACUGCUCCUUUAGGCAGGAGACGAUCCAGUAUUUACAUGUUUGGCGUUGAGCAUUAUUCCAGUGACUGCUGGCUUCACCGGUCGGCAUCAGAAGAGAUUAUUUGACAGUUACGUAGAGAUAUUUUUCCUGUACUCUCUUCUUUAAGUGUGUUUAAUUGUAGUUUUUAUACAGAAUAAGCAUUUAUCGAGUUGGCAAGUGAAGGUUUUUAUAGAGUAUAGGUUCAUGUUUAUCAUACGAAUGCUGUAAUAUGAAUCAAUCAGUGACUUAUUUUUUUAAAAAAUGUCUGUUUUUAGAAAUUGUGAGAAUAAUUCAUGUUUAAAUUGACAUGAUCAGAUUAAAUAUAAUCCAGUUUUAAUAAUGAAAAUGUUUGUGCGAUGGACUGAAUUGUAGGAUUAAUCUCAUGAUUUAAACAUCCUUAAACAACGUGCCAUUCUUUAUGUGUGAUCCCUGAACCAGGCAGUCAGGUGUGAUGAAGUGUUAAAUGCUCGUGGAAAUGGUUUCCUUUUGGUAUUUGUUGAGUUGAAUGGAGAGAAAACGUGAUAUCUGACGCUACAAUAAGACAACUUCAGUCAUUUAUAAACAUUAAAUAAUCACGUAGCAGUUUAUCGUCGUUUGAUAGCAAAGUCUGACCUUUGUUAUUGUGAAUAAAAUGUUCAUAAUAA